UGGCUUAGAGCGCCCGAUGUCUGGCGCAAUCUCCGCAAUGCGCUCGCAAAGUGGGAGCCGGGAACUGGGACGUGGUUCCUCGAGUGUCCCGUUUUCAAGGAUUGGCAGCAGCGUGCAGAGUUUCUUUGGCUCACUGGCAUCCCGGGUGCAGGCAAAACCAUCAUCAGUUCAGCCAUCGUCGCAAACCUCCUUCGCCAAGAAGAUGGGUCCUCAACGCCGGUCAUUUUCUACUAUUUUGACUUCCAGAUCGAGAUGCAGCAACACGUACACGCCAUGCUUCGGUCGCUAUUGGCGCAGAUGGCGGCUUGGAGUCCCGCAUGCCUCAGAUCGCUCCAAGCCUUCCAUGAUAAAACCAUUGCUUCCAGUGCCAAAGAUCCAUCUCUAGACGACUUGCUCGAAGUCGUUGUUACGGGCCUCGGUCAUUUCCCCAAAAUAUUUGUGGUAGUAGAUGCCCUAGAUGAAUGUGUGGAGAGGCAGACCCUUUUGAAGCAUAUCAAGACUAUUUCAGGAGUCUCUGGCGUGCAUCUUCUCGUACUCAGCCGUCCAGAAAGGGAUAUUGAACUUGUACUACAAGACGCUCCCACCAGGACAAGACUAGUAGGUGUCGACGUCGAUGCAGACAUCGGCCUGUAUAUUGACCAUAGGAUGAAAUCCUCAGAUGACAUGAAAGAAUGGGAUGACAUUGUCAAAAGAAAAGUUCGCGAGGUUCUGACUUCGAAGGCUGCGGGCAUGUUCCGCUGGGCAUAAUGCCAACUUGACGCCUUGGAAAUAUGCACUAGUUCCGAGGAGAUUGACGAAGUGUUGUUAUCACUCCCACAAGAUCCUCCCGCCACGUAUGAACGAAUACUGGCACGACUGGAAACAAGAAGUCUCAGAGAUAUUCGACUGGUACUGCUAGCCCUCUCUUUUGCGAAGCGAGACCUCACAGUCGGCGAGCUCACAUACGGCUGGCGCAUUUCACGGUCAAGGAGUAUCUGGUAUCCAAAGAGAUCGAACUUGGAAAGGCCAGCAGAUUUGCACUCAGUGCUGGAGAGGGGAGUCGUGUCAUGGCAAAUUAUGUCUUGCCUGCCUGCUCUAUCACGACAACCUCGUAUCGUUUCAGCCAACAACACUGAAGAGGUACCCCUUUACUGUCCAUGCGCAGAUAUUUUGGGCGACCCAUUCAAGAGAUGCAAACGGCGAACACGUGGGGUGUGA